UUUGAGAAGAAAAGCUUCAGUCUAUUUUAGGCUCCGUUCAAACUCGUUUCUCUCUUUAGGUGUCUUCUGGCGACUUCUUUUUCUCUUUUCCCUUGUUAUAAUAUGGUCGAUAAAAUUCCUCAAGUCAACUCUGACUUGAACACUACUCAUAAACUUGCUGAAGUAAACGAAAAACAAGAGCCUGAAACCAACAUGAAAGAUAUAAAACCUAAAGCUGCCCUACUUUCUGUUACUGACGAAAGUACAAUGUUCAAGACAGUUUUACCUAAAAAUCCUGAUUUGGAAACAGAAAAAGAAGCUUCAUAUCAUUGGCAUAUCAAGGAUUGGAAAAGUUUAAAGACUAAGGUACAUUCUCCUGCAUUUCAUGUGAAUGAUUAUUCUUGGCGUAUUCUGCUUUUCCCCAAGGGAAACAAUCAAAGUAAAGCAAUAUCUGUUUAUCUCGAAAUUGCACCACCUAAAAAAGACGGUAUUGAAGAUGGUUGGCAUACAUGUGCUCAAUUUGCACUUGCCAUCUCUAAUCCUGAAGAUCCCACUUGUUAUACUACCAAUAGUGCUAACCAUCGUUUCUGUGCCGAGGAAAUUGAUUGGGGAUUUACGCGUUUUUAUGAAAUUGAAGAACUUGGUCAACAGUCUACUAGUUCUGGCAAGGGACCUUUCCUCGUCAAUAAUGAAAUCGUCAUUUCUGUCUUUUUGCGUGUCGUUAAAGAUGAAACAGGUGUUCUUUGGCAUAAAUUCAUCAAGUACGAUUCCCGAAAAGAGACAGGCUAUGUAGGCAUAAAAAAUCAAGGUGCCACUUGUUACAUGAAUUCACUUCUUCAAUCUCUGUACUGCACUAAUCAAUUCAGAAAAGCAGUCUAUCAAAUCCCUACUGAAAAAGACGAGCCUACGAAAAGUGUAGCGCUUGCUCUUCAACGUUGCUUUUAUAAUUUGCAAUACAGCUCAGAGCCAGUGGGCACGACAGAAUUAACAAAGAGUUUCGGUUGGGACUCAUUGGAUGCAUUUAUGCAACACGAUGUGCAAGAAUUCAACCGUGUGCUUCAAGAUAAUCUAGAAGAGAAAAUGAAAGGUACACCUGCUGAUGGUGCUAUUUCUAAAUUGUUUGAAGGCAAAAUGAAGAGUUUUAUCAAGUGUAUCAAUGUCGAUUUUGAAUCUUCCCGUAUUGAAGACUAUUAUGAUAUCCAACUCAAUGUCAAAGGCUGUAAGAAUCUAGUUGAUUCCUUUGAUGAUUAUAUCACAGUGGAAACAUUGGAAGGUGACAACAAAUACCACGCUGAAGGACAUGGACUUCAAGACGCUAAUAAAGGUGUCAUCUUUGAAACCUUCCCUCCUGUUUUGCACUUACAAUUGAAGCGUUUUGAAUAUGAUUUUAUGCGAGAUACCAUGGUCAAGAUCAACGACCGUCAUGAAUUUCCAGCUGAAAUCAAUCUAGACAAAUACUGUUCAAAAGAAGAUCAAGAUGGUCCUUAUGACUAUGAACUUCAUGGUGUUCUUGUCCAUAGUGGUGAUAUCACAGGUGGUCAUUAUUUUGCACUCAUUCGUCCAGAAAUCAAUGACAAAUGGUAUCGCUUUGACGAUGAUCGUGUUACUCCUGUGACCAAGAAAGAAGUGUUUGAAGAGAACUUUGGUGAUGAACCUCAUCGUAGCCCCAAAGAUAAUAUGAUAUCACCUACUUUUCUUAAUGGCAACACAAGAGCCAACAGUGUUCGUAUGAUGAAACGAUUUACAAAUGCAUACAUGCUGGUCUAUAUCAGAAAGAGUAAACUGAAUGAAAUAUUGGGCCCUGUUGAAGAAAACGAUAUUCCUGUACAUUUAAAGCGUCGCUUGGAUGAUGAAAGAGCAACAUUGGAGAAACGUAAACAGGAUAGACAAGAUAUGCAGUUGAAUGUAAAAGUGGCUAUUGUGACAGAUGACUCAUUAAGUGAUUAUCAAGGGUUCAACUUGGGUACUUUUGAUGAUAGACAUCUUGAUGUUUCGCCUCACAUCAACGUAUUCAAAGCACCCAAGACAGAUAAAAUCGUUACAUUUAAACAACAAUUAGUAGACUAUUAUCAUCUUGAACCAGAUAGGUUUAGAUUAUGGAGUAUACUCUAUCGUCAAAACAAGACAGUUCGUGUUGAUCAGUUACUGACUUCAGCAGACGAGAGACAAACUGUUGAAAAGAUUCGAGAAGCUACUUGUGUCAACACAUCAAGCAAUGGCUUCACAAAAUUGUAUUUAGAAAUUGCCGAAAAAGACAAGCCACUACCUGUCAUCAGAAACGACCAAAUGAUUCUGUUCAUUAAGUAUUUUGAUAUCAAAGAGCAGAAGAUAAGAGGCCUUGGUCAUAUUUUUGCUUCUUUGAAUGACAAAGUCAAUAGUCUUCUAUCUUUGUUGGUUGAAAAAGCAGGAUUACCUAAAAGUACCUCAAUUCAACUCUAUGAAGAGAUUAGACCCAAUGCGAUUGAAUUGAUUAAGGGAGACCAAACAUUCCGUAAGGCAGAUUUCCAAAACGGUGAUAUUAUCUGUUUUCAAAGAACAAUGUCUCAAAAAGAAAUGGAUGAAGCGACAAAGAAUGGACACAUUGCUUCUGUUCCUGACUAUUACGCCUCCCUGUAUAACAAAGCCUGUGUUUUGUUUAAACCUAAACCUAAUGUCAAUAACUCCAAGCAUGAUGAAGCUAAACUUGUGCUCAAUAGGACAGCCAACUACAAUAUGAUAGCCACUCAAUUAGCCGAUGAACUUGGUGUUGAAGCAACCAAGAUCCGGUUUACUUCUUCUCAUCCUAUCACAAACCAACCCAGAGAUAUUAUUCCUUACAAGCCUACUACUCGAUUACAAGAUAUGCUGCUUAAUUUGCCAAAACCACAAGAAUAUCUUCAAUUUGUCAAUUUUGAUCAUAUUAGUCCACCUAUGCUGUAUUAUGAAAUUCUGGAUGUUGAUGUAGCUGACUUGGAGUCUAAGCGAUCGAUUGAAGUUGUUAUCAUUGGUCCUACUUUACGUAAAGAAACUAAAGUCAAUGCCCUUGUUUCUCGCGCAGGAUCUGUUCGCCAAUUACUGGAUCAAGUCAUUACUAAGGGUAAAAUGGAAAUCAAGGACCCAGAUAGAAUUCGAUUGUAUGAAGUUAUAGAGGGAAAAGUAACCAAAGAGUUUUCUCUUGAUCAAACAGUGGACAAUGUGGCCAUUGAAAAGUCAGCUAUUGUCUAUGCCGAGCCUAUUCCAAAAGAUGAAUUGGAGAUGGAUUAUGAUUCAGACCGUCUUGUUCAAGUCGUACAUUAUCACGAACGACCUACAAGUUUCCAUAGUAUUCCUUUCCGCUUCGUGGCUAUCAAGGGAGAGCUUUUUGAAGAGACCAAGAAGCGAUUACAAAAACGGACAGGAUUGGGUGACAUGGAUUGGAAAAAAGUCAAGUUUACAGUGAUCCGUAAUUUGAAUGCUCCUGAGCCUCAAGUAACAGUGAUUGAUCAAAACGAUUUUGAGUUGCGUAAAGCGCGUCUUCAAGAGGAAGAUGCAUUGGGUUUGGACCAUGUUGAUAAGUCUUCAAAGAGCCGUUUUAGUAGUGUGUUUGAAAGGGGUAUCUUUAUUCGAGGUUGAUGUCAAUAAACGCAUAAAUUUGUUAAGCACAC